CGCAUCUAAUCAGCGUGUAUUCUGAUGACGAACGGUACCGAGUGAUAUUAUUGGUUACGCACGCGAAUCGGUCAGUGUUUGAUUUGGUGAAGUGAGCAUUACGGCUUUGGAGUACCAAUUAAGUCCUUUCUUCGCAUUGGCGUUGGCUUUUUUCCGCCGGUGAACGAGUGUUUCUACGUGUUGAUAUGGACGAUAAGAGCUGCAGCCAGUGUCAGCUGCCAAAAGGUCCCCAACAUGCCAGAUAUGAGCAUCCCAGUGCCGCUAGCUUGUCGUUUCUGGGAAUUGCCCGACACAGUGCCCACCGCCGUGUCUGCUCCUGUCAUACCAACUUGUGGUCACGAGCCGUUGCAAUUACCAAGCUGGCGGCAGUGGGUUCGGCACUGCUCCUCCUGCGCAUCACCGCCAUUACGCUGGCCACCAUCUACAGUACCGGCUAUGCGUUUCCCAAAACGGUCGAGAAAGACCGUGUCAGUGUGCAGCGACGUGUUCUAUGCGUUAUGCUGGUGCCCUCCAUCGUGUUUGGCCUGUGCCCGAUCGUUGCGCAAAUUAUUUCCAUGCUGCUCAUGGCUGCCGUGAAAAAAUUCCACAUAAAAUCUUUAAACAAUCCCCUAACGUCCGAUGCGUCCGCCGUCACCGCGGUUAAUCUCUGCAAUAUUCUGUACCACGCAGCAGUAUACAGUAGUUAUCCUGCGGUUCUACAAUCGAUCUUUACGGCUUACUUCGGUAUGUGUUAUUAUCAUCCGGAUGUCCGCGAUCUACUGGAAGGCCAACACCACCUGCUGAUCUUCGUACUCAUCAUGGAGACCGUCGGCUACGUUGCCAGCCAUUGCUGUUACCAAGAGACCGAAGCGUUGAGAACGGCGAUCCUUACUGCUUGGUACAACGACAAAAUGAAAGCUGACCCAGGGCAGCGCUCUCCUUUGCCGUCGGAAGACGUUAUUCUCUACUUUCUUGUGCUCUGUGCUGAACAAUGAACAUCGAUAUUAAUUCACACCGCCGCGCCAAAUCUUUGAUUUGUCGCAAAAAUAUAAAUG